AUGGAGUCAAACAUUGGGAUUGAAUCGAAUACUAACCAUGAAUUAAGGGAGUAUUCACAUGAUGAUCGAGAACGGCCACCCAAUGAGAUUUGGUUUUAUAAUCGAGGAGAAGCUUAUUUUGAGUUAUCUAAUUUUGCAGAGGGAUUUCCAAUAUUGGCAUAUCUUCCAAUAUCAUCGACAAACAAAGCGAUGAUAGAUAGCACAUGUCAAGACAAGUGGCCUACGAGUGAGCACCUCUUCCAAGCAAUGAAGUUCCGAGAAACUCGACCUGACAUUGCAGAAAAAAUUAGGCACUGUAGUUCAGCGCGCGACGCGUUGAAUCUGUCUCGUCUCCAUCCAGAAUUCAUAGAUCCCACGUGGCAUGAAACGAAAUUAGAAGUUAUGGAAUGGGUGGUGAAACAGAAAUUUACUCAACACAAGGUACUUGCAGACAUUUUGCUGGCUACUGGCGACAAAAUUCUCGUUGAGCACACACAGUUUGACAAGUUCUGGGGCGAUGGCGGAAAUGGCCAGGGAAAUAAUCAUUUGGGGAAGGUACUGAUGAGAGUCAGGUCGUCUAUCAGAGAGGCACGAAUGUAA